UGCUCAGCAUACAGUUCAUAUCAACUGUGCUUCGUGCAAAGUUCUCAGGAAGAAAUGGAAACAGCACCAACUUUCAGUGAUGGCAUCCGUUUGAUUGACAUGGUUCUUGUGUACAAAAAUGAUGAGAAUUCAAGAAAACCUCUCAUUUAUCGACAGAAAUAUGAAGAAAACUUAAUAAAGCAUGGAUUACAGUUGGAAGAUGAGAUUGCAGAAGAAAAUGGCUUGGUGUUUACCAAAGUACACACACCUGAUGCAGUGCUUGAAAGAUAUUCUGAGUCAAGUGGGAUAAAGAAGCCAGCAUUACUUACUAAUGUUGAAGAAUAA